AUGACAUCAUUAGAUGAAGCAACAUCAAAUGCACCUGAUGCAGAAGACAUUAUAUCCAAGGUUGAACUGGAGUUUGGGCUGAAUGAUAAGCAACGGGUGUUGUUUUGCAUUGUGUGUAACUGGUUCAUCAAGAAGCACAUCUUGAAGAUAGACUGUCAGCCGCUCUCCAUGAUAAUGACAGGUCUGGGUGGAACAGGAAAAACCUGUGUUGUGAAUGCAGUGAAAGCCUUUAUGGCACAUUAUGGCUGCGCCCAUUUAAUUCAUUUUCUGGCACCCACAGGUUCCGCCACAUCACUCAUUGAUGGAAUGACAACUCACAAAGGACUCGGGAUCAAGAUCAAGGCCAGCCAGAAUGGCAAAUCUAAUUGGCAAGUUGGAGACAAGUGGCAGAACAUUCAGGUCAUUUUUGUUGAUGAGGCAUCUAUGCUC